GUGGAGGUAAAUUUGAUAUGUCUGUGUGAAAGUUACAAAACUUUUUUAACGACAAAUUCGGACGAUCACAGUGAUAAUUUAACGGUCCGCAAUUCGUCAUUUGAUCACCGUUGGAAACUCAACCCUCUUUGAACGGCUAAUCAUUUUUAAAACCGUUUUUAACUUUUAUAGGCCUGACAAGUUCCACUUAAUGUCAGCGAGAUUUGUCGAGGCUGGAUAUUUGCACGGGCACUGAAAGUUAAUGUCAUGCAUGAACCAUGUCUGCCAAAGGAGACAAAGAAACCAAAUGCAGCCUGUCCUUGCUCCCUCCAGAGUUAGUGGAGAAGAUUUUUCUAUACCUUAAUGUGAGAGACAUUGCUCGACUUUCCUGUGUCUGUGUUUCAUGGAGGGAAAUAGCCAAUGUUGAUCAUAUAUGGCUGCACCAUUGUAUGAAGAAGAAGUGGAUGAGAUUUGGUGUGCAUGACAACAUCCUCCAGGAAUCUCCAAUGUGUAAACCUCAUUCCAAUGUCUCCAAAACCUCACCUUACUUCCAGCUAUACAUUCCCAAGGAAACCAGGCUUUCCCCAAUAUGUCAAUGGAAGAAUGUGUUCAUUAGAGUAGUUCACCUGUUUCAUAAUUGGGAUAAAGGAAGGUACACACAGCCGGUGACACUCAAAGGACAUAGAGACCAGGUCAAGGCCAUUGACUGUAAUAGGACGUGUAUUGUCAGUGGAUCGGAGGACCAUACUCUAAUUGUUUGGAGUUUACAGAACUGCACAAAGUUAUACGAAAUCAAAGCUCAUUCUGAUGCUGUUACAGCUGUCAUUUUAAAGGACAACAUGCUGGUGACUGGAUGUGCUGACAGUUCGGUCCGAGUUUUUGACUCCACUACGGGACAGGUGGUCUUCUCUCUACAAGGACACCAAGGAUCGGUGGACCACCUGGCUAUCAUAGAGGACUACAUUGUCAGUGCUGGUACUGAUAGGACGGUGAUGGUCUGGUCUAUUUCACAAAGAAAACAUGUACAUACCCUACGAGGACAUGUCGAUGAAAUUGAGUGUUUGGCCCACUGUGGGUACACCGUUGUGACGGGAUCGUGGGACAAGGCCGUGAUGGUGUGGGACGUGAGAAAGGAGGAUGCUGUACAAAUGCUUCAUGGCCACAGAGAAGUUGUGACGUGUUGUUACUGCACUGAGGAUACAGUAGUGAGUGGAAGUGGAGACUCAGAUGUACGGAUCUGGCGGAUUCCGUCAGGAGAGUGCCUCCAUGUUCUGUCUGCCCACAAAGAGGAAGUGUAUUGCCUGGCUUGUACAUCAGAGGUCAUAGCCUCAGGCUCAUCAGACAGUACUAUCAUCAUUUGGAAUUUUAGUGGGAACCUCUUGCAUACGCUGACUGGUCAUCUCGGUGUUGUCAGAUGCCUACACAUCAACGAGUUUCGCUUAGUGAGCGGGGGCGACCAGAAAAAAAUUAACGUCUGGGAUUACAGAACUGGAGAAUUACUAAAUACCGUCCAUCGUAAUCCAACCAGGCUACAUAAGAUGUUAGUUAGCGACACAAAACUUAUCACAGCCUCCCCCGAAACUCCAGGGACCAUCACUGUGAUCAGCUACUGGUAAGAAAGACCAGUGUACGUGUUCAGCUAAUGAUAGUGGGAACCAGUUUACAUGUUCAGCUAUUGGAAGCAGGACCAGUUUACAUGUUCAGUUAUUGGUAGCAGGAACCAGUUUACAUGGUCAGCUAUUGGUAGCAGGGACCGAUGUAUCAAAUGUGUCACAGUUUGUGAAUUUAAUAGAAGCUGAAAAUCUUUUCCUGAAAACAGAAAGAAGCUGUAACAUUUUGAAUGGCUGUUAAAGUUAAAACCUUUUUUCAUUAGAGAUUGUGCUGAGUUAACCAUUGAUGUGAAUGCUAUGAAAAAUUAUUGUGUUGAUAAUCUUAUUUAUAAAGUACCUGUAUAGCAAUUCAGAAUUUUUAAUAUUGAAAAUUUUUCAACUUAUUGUGUCAUAAUGAAAACAUAGUAAAGUUACAAAUUGAAGAAUUAUCAUGACCUUGACCUUAUGACCUCAAGAUCUACAGGUGUCCUCCCAUAAUGGUCAACUACCAUUGCAUAAAAUAUGAAAGUUUUAUAUUGAAAUUGUGUCACAGUGAAAGUGAUGAUGAACAUAUGGAUGGACAGAUAACGAUGUGAGUCCUACAGGGCUUCUGCAUUUCAUGAUUUGUAUGACAUGACUAAUGAUUUGUUUCAAUAUCUGCAUUAUUUAUAUAUCAAUCUGUUGCUAAAUGGAUACCUUUCUUCCCUCCCUCCAUUUCUCAUGUUAUGUUAUUUACGUAUAAAAGAUAUUGCAUGGCUCAUCUAUUCAUAAAACCGAUUUAUCCAUUGAUAUAUAGACUAGAUAAUGUUUAUCCACUGUCAUAUCGUAUUAUAUACUAUUGAUCCAUUUAUAAAUACACAGAUAUUUUUCUCCAUUGUUACAGAUGUGGUAGAGAUGCUAUGUAUUCAUUGUUGUAUGGUACAUAUACCAUUUAACCAUUUUUAUACGCCCGUCUUUAGACGGGACGUAUUAUGGUAUAGCGAUGUCUGUCCAUCCGUCCGUCCGUCCGUUCGGGGUUUUCUCUUUAUAAUUUCAUUUUCCUUUCACAUAUCAUGCUGAAACUUGCUGUGUAGCUUCUUUGUGGGUCACUCUAGAUCAUACUGCAAUUUUGAUCCAUUUCGACCUUUUUUCCAGGAGUUUUGCCCCUUUAUUUGGAAAUAAUUAUUAUAUGGAGGGUACAUAAUUUUUCCACCCUACUCCUCCCACAGUUUUCAAGUGAGGGCCUUCUUAUUUUGUGGAGUGUCUGUAUGGGUAUUGAAGAUGUGCAUGUGGGAUGGAUUUUGAUUUUCUACAAUUUUUGAGAAAAUUACAGGUUGUUGAACUUAGUGUAUUUGGAAAUUAAUAUUCUAUGGAGGGUACAUAAUUUGUCCCCCCUACUCCUCCCAGUUUUCAAGUGAGGACCUUCUUAUUUUGUGGAGUGUUUGUAUGGGUAUUGAAGAUGUGCAUGUGGGAUGGAUUUUGAUUUUCUACAAUUUUUGAGAAAAUUACAGGUUGUUGAACUUAGUGUAUUUGGAAAUUAAUAUUCUAUGGAGGGUACAUAAUUUGUCCCCCCUACUCCUCCCAGUUUUCAAGUGAGGACCUUCUUAUUUUGUGGAGUGUUUGUAUGGGUAUUGAAGAUGUGCAUGUGGGAUGGAUUUUGAUUUUCUACAAUUUUUGAGAAAAUUACAGGUUGUUAAACUUAGUCUAUUUGGAAAUUAAUAUUCUAUGGAGGGUACAUAAUUUGUCUGCCCAACUCCUCCCACAGUUUUUAAGUGAGGAUCUUCUUAUUUUGUGGAGUGUUUGUAUGGGUAUUGAAGAUGUGCAUCUGGGGAAGGAUUUUGAUUUUCUUCCAUUUUUGAAAAAAUUACAGGUUGUUGAACUUGGUCUAUUUUGAGGAAAUCUAGAUUUUUAAGCUAAGACCCUUUGUUCAUAUGAAAGUUUGUCACAGCCUCAUGAUGGUUGAUACUACCUGAAGCAAUUUUAUACAAAUUAUAGCACAAGAAAAACACCCUUUGUAAGCAUUUCACGGGCAUAUUAUGUACCGUUUGCGGUACUCAUGUUGAAUGAUGUAGAUGUUUUUUAUCAUUUAUAUGGAAUAGAUACUGUUUGUAUCCAUUGUUAUAUGGAAUAGAUACUGUUUAUAUCCAUUGUUAUAUAGAAUAGAUCUAUACUGUUUAUAUCCAUUGUUAUAUGGAAUAGAUACUGUUUAUAUCCAUUGAUAAUGGUUUUGAUACUAUUUGUAUCUAUUGCUACUACAUGCAUUAUGCCUAUAUGUCUGUACUGUACUACAAAUGUUUAUCCAUUGUGAAAAGAAAUGAUGCCAUUUCUGCCGAUUGUAGAAAAUAACAUACAAAACGUGCAUGUCUUUAUUGUAUAGAAAUGAUCAGAAAUCCAGGUAUUUCAUCAUCUUGUAAACUGUGCCUUGCUGACAGAGGUAUUGAUAUGAAAACUGUCAUUUAUUGCUUGUAUGAUGUAAUUUAGUCUAUCUGUUAUGUAAACACAACGGAACAUCACAAACAGUGGUUGUCAGUACUGUACUGUGGGGACAUUCUGAGUACUGUACCGUGGGGACAUUCUGAGUACUGUACCGUGGGGACAUUCUGAGAGUAUCUAUGAACUUGUUAUGUUGUGUAGUUCUCUGAAUGAACUAUUGGAGAUGAUUCAUGUGGAGAGUUGUGUAGCUAAUUACCGUGAAAACUGAAGUUUUGAUUCCAAUGCUGUGGAAAAUCAUCUACUUUUAUAUUAAGUGCCAAAGUGAGGAGUCUUCAGGAGUAGAUAGAAUCAUAGAUUGAUAAUCCAAUCCAGUUGUUAUUUCAAUUAUUAUGCAAUUAAUGUUUCAAACACUUGUGAGUUUUUUUAAUAUAAUUUUUUGAUAUUAUUUAUUGUAGAAAUCUGUGAUACUUUAGAUUCAUUUUUCAUUAAAUCAUUAAUAGGAG